AAGAAACGCGUUUCGUCCGCGACAAACGAGCAUUUACGACAACGACGGCCCGGUACACACAAGUAAAAGAAAAAUGGUGGUGUGCGUAGCUGUGCACAGGUAGAAGGAACAGCGGCAACAGAGGCAGAGGUGCGGCGUGACCGUUUCUCGCUGCGACACUACACGAGACUGCAGUGAGUUGGUCGCUGCCGUGCGUCGCUCUUCACUGCUUUUCGAUCGAUACGAACGAUCGAUUGCUCUGGGCCAGCCGUAGAUCGUAGAAAAUCGAUGUAGACUCGCAACCUGUUACGCUACCGGCACGAUCUUGGAUAUAUCGGCUUCAACACGCACCAUUCUUGUGGCAGUAUUAGCCUUGACGGGCGCCAGCUAACCUGGACAUAUACUUAACUUGUACAGCUAGCGCGCAUUCACACGUGGAUCGUGAGUGCGCGGCAUCGGUACGUGAAUUCGAAUCGAGGAAAGUAUCCUUAACGGUCGGAUGAUAGGAGAAAAGUGGCGUCGAUAUGUGACCUGUGAUCGUGUGUCAACAGUGUGCUGGCCAGCGGAGCACCAUGUCGACGAUGGACGUGUUUCGCAUCGCGCAACAGGGACCGCCGACUACUGAAGAGGAACAAGGAAGACUGAAGGCUGAUCUGCAAUAUCUGCGGAGGAGGGGACUUCUGAAGGCGUCGGGUGAACUAUCGUACCAAGGACGUAAAUGCACCAGAUGCGGUGCACCGUUUGGUAGAUUUUACAACACCGGUGCACCGUGUACGCGGUGCAGGCACAGAGUUUGUAGGCAGUGCCGUAUCGAGGUCAGGAGCCCCACCGAUAACAAAGAAGUCGAAUGGAUCUGUAACGUUUGCUACAAGAUCGCAGAAUUGCACGUUGUCACCGAGAAAUGGACCUUCGAAAAUUCGGUAUGUAAAGGAUCUAUAAAUGGAAAAGCAGCGUCGCCCGUAGAAUUAUUGAAGCAUAGCAUCAGACGAGCUUGGACUAUUAAUGGUCCACCCACACGCUGGUCAGCGGCCAGGAAAUCGGCCGAGUUUCGAGUGUAUCGGAGCUUGCCGUCUCGUCAUCAAGAAUACCGAGAAAUCAUUACCAAGAGCGAAAUCGUAAAAUCGGCCGACAUCGAAACAUCGAAUAAUACGAAGGAACCAGUUAUCGACGAGGCAACCUUACAUACCGAGGACUGUAAUGAUUCUACGAAGGAGGAUCCAUGCAAAGAUGCGAUAACGAAGAGCGAAUCGAUCUCUGUUCACGAGAAAUUCACGCCACGAGUCGAGACGAACGAACGAACGAACCCGAAACGAGGGGAGAAAUCGUCCAAUAAACAGGAAGAGGAAGUGCCAUCGUUGGAUGCCAUAAAAACGAAGAGAAACGAGCGAUCCUCGUUGGCCAAUGGUAAUAAAACGAAAAUCGAAGAGCAGGAGCAGGAGGCCGGUAGCCAGGAGCAGUGCACGCCGAGGAUUUCUUUGAUAAAACCACCUAGGAUAUUGUCCAAGUUUAUUUCACCGGAGAUAAAAUCGGGUACGAUUAAGCAUGGGGAGAGAAAAUCGAAUAUACCGAUAUUUAAGAGAAGUUCCAAGGAGUUUGAGGAUAUUAGAAGCCCCCAAGAAUCACCUAAACGUUCUCUCAUACCUCAAAGAUAUCGAGGAAGUACCGAUGAUCUGCGUCGCAGCCGCGAGGAUAUAAGUUUGCCUAGCUUGAUCCCAAAACUGCUCUCUCCCCGUAUCAAGGAGGACCGAUUGAAGCGUCAGGACAGCAAAGACGAUAUCCGUUGCUCGUCCAAAUCGAUUAGAAAAGAUACGAAAGAGGAAACUCGUGGAUCUAGCGUCCAAUCGAUAGGGAAGGAGGACUCCAAGUACGUUAUACGACUAUUCCGGCGGGACAACAGCCGCGAGGACGUGGGUAGGGAUAGUUUGAAUUCAAAUGCGAAUAGCUUGGCCUUAGCUGCAAAAGGAAAGCAAACUGGUAAAGAAGAGAAGCAGGAGAGGACGGAGGAACAACGCGUGGGCGUCUCGACCACGUCGAAAUCGAAAUCGACGGUGCACGAACAAGGAAAGACGAAGGCAAGAGAAGGUAGCAAGGAGAGCCUGGAUGGGAAGAGGAAUGACGAGGAAGGGCCAUGUGCGAGCCAGCAUGAGAGAGUGAAAGCGGAGGCCAAGGAACAGACGAUGCUCGACGUGGUCGUCAACGACGAGAAGAAGCUGGUGGAAGAGCAAGAGGGCGUGAAGAAAGGAGAUAAGGAGGAGAUACGUGGAUGUACGGAGGCGAGGAGAGAAGGAGAGUCGAUGGUCGAGGAGGCAGAAGUAUUCGAGAACGAUAAGAAUAAGGACUCUAUGAAGGAGACUAGUGAGAGUUUGAUAGAAAAUUCUGAACCUGAUUGCAAUGCGUUUGGGACGUUUGAGAGAAAGGAUAUUGGAAUACAUGGAAGGAGAUCCGACGAUUUUCAAGUGGUACGGAGGAAAUUUUCAAAAGAGGAGUUUUCUAAUCCUGAUGACACGGAUGACACUCCCAAUAAACGCUGUUCCAGUCAUUUAUCUCCGGAAGCGAGUCCACUGAGCACAAGAUCCUCGAGAUACAGCCCAAGGGAGAGCGAGAGCGAGCCAACCCCGGCACUUCCACGGAAAACAGGCGACUCGUGCUCGGCAUCCCAAAGAAUACGGGAUGCGAUCACGAGGACCAGAAGGGAAUCGAAUAGCAGUACUAGAUACGAGAGUAGCGGUAGCGAGAGUGUGAGAUUAAGUGAGACUGGUCUUCAUGGAUACGUAGAACUGGCUAGGAAAGUGAAAUUUUUCGGUGGUAACGGAAGUGGCACGGUUCCAUUAACGAUCGGAAGUGAUGAAGUAGUGCAACGCGAUAGCGCAACAAGUGCAGGUGAAGAUGAUCCUCACGAUGAUAAUCAUGGAAGAACAGGUCCUGUUUCUUCUCAAGGAAGAAGCAUGCUUCGUAGAAGAAGACAAUUUGACGCCCAAGGUUCCAGACGAAGAGGCCGAUCACACGCGAGGACCUGUUGUGCCGAGGAAUUGCAAGGUUUCCAAACGUUGCACGUGAUUGGCCGGGACGGAAGGCAGCACAGUCCUACCGGAAGUCAACAGGAGCAGCCGCUGGUCGACUACAGGCGGCUGGUGUUCAUCAGCUCGGAUUCGUCCUCGGGAAGGGAAGAAGACGACGCUGACAGCAGUUGCUCGAGUUCCUCGUUUUUGAACGGUUUGCCGCGCGCAGGCAGCCGUACGCAGUCGUUGGAGGAUUGCGACUGGGAUUAUUUCGAGAGUGGGUCUCUGCCGCUGCCUGCCGGAGUUCCGGUUGCCAUAAGCACGAACAACGUUGGCACGGAGACGACGAGCGCGGCUCAGGAUUGGAGCUGUUGUCCUGGACGCGGGUCCACUGCCUGUCAGGAAGCUUGGAUGUUGGAUGAAAGAAUCUAUUAUCAAUUUCGUCGUUGCAAGGUAGCUUGGAUAGUGGAUGACGAUAUUUAUUAUCUCUAUCAUCGUUUUAAGGCCUGUGGAGGUUCUCGAGGAGCAAACGUAUUACCAGUACCAGUACCAAUUCCAGUUCCAGUCCCAUAUCCGGUCCCAGUCCCGGCAUCCCUGUGGACCAGCGACUUUGCAGCAGCCGCAUCCUCCAUGAUAAGUCGCAGCGGCGAUGCCCACUCAGAGCCAGGAACACUGAGGUUGAGAGGCGACCCAGCUGCACCCUGGUUCGCCUGGCACCCACGAUUCAACCAACCCUUGCACGGUUCCAGACUCGAUCCAAGGUUGACCAACGUGUUCGACCCCGCUACACUAGGUUCCUUCACGCCCGACCAAGUGUUGUACUCGACCAUCGAACCAUCCUCCAUACCGACCACCGAAGAGCUUCGUCAACGAAUGACCAACCUGCGCAUCAAUCGAGACGAGAGCGACGAUGCUGCGAACACGAAAUCCGUGGAAACGAGGCAAGAGGCCGCUUUGCUGGAUGUUUCGAGCGAGUUGAAAGUUGUUGACCAAUUAUCCACCGAUGUACAGAUAAAUAAGGAUAAAUUGGACGAGUCGAAGAAGGGAGGAAGCGAUGACGAGACGAAAGAAGCGAAAGAGGAUGAGGAAACGAGCUGUCAAGAUUCUGUGAGCGUCUCUUUUGAGAACAGAAGGGGGCAAAGAAUGUACGAGGACUCUGGCAGUUCUUCUGGCCGAUCCUCGGCGGACAGUAGCGAUUUGGAGGACGAUUCCUCGUCCCACAGGUUCUCCAGGGUGUUCGUUGUGAACGACGAUUCACUCACGAGCGACAAUGACAUUGAAGAUAAUGGAGACGAGGACGAAGACUCUGAUUCCGCUGCCGAGGACGGUAUCACUUUGAAGAGAGUCACGGCUCUUCCCGACGAAGAACCUGUGGUCCUCCAGUACGUUAGAUUCUUCAACGAGGACACGAAUUUUGAGAAUGCGAAUGGGGAAGAUUCGGAGAAGGAUAGAACGAGAUCCAACCGCAAGGAUGACAGCUUGGAGAUGAAAGAUACGUCUGAACGAGAUGGGAAUGUUAAUGAGAAACGUAGAUCUCGAGGUAGAAGGCAUAAUUUAGAAAUAAGCGAUAAGAGGAUUUCUUUGUCGUUGCAGCAACGAGAGAUGCCCGAGGAAAUGUACAUAGCGAGUGACAACGAUUGUUCAGAGAGUCAGAUCGAGUUAAAAUCUAUAAAAAGUUUGGAUCCUGACAGCAUAGAACCUGUUAUAUUCGAUAAUUCUACCGAGAGCGUUGUAGAAAGGGCAGAGACAGUUAUGGAAGAAAAUAACCUAAAAAUCGUCGAGGUUCCCUUACAAGAUGAAACAGAAUCUAAUAAUGAAAAUAAUUUGGAUAAUCAAACGCAAUUGUCAUCCACCGAUACCUGGGACUCUAACAUAAUUCCAGACUCGUUGGAGGUCUCCGCACAGGAAAUCGUGAACGACAACGAGGAGAGUCCGAAGUUUCACGCCUCAAGAAUCGAAAAUCACAUUAAUUCCGAAGAUAAUAACAAUCAUUUUGAAACAAUAAUCGGUAAUUCUAAAAUAAUCAAUGAUAAUCAUUCGUGCGCACCAACUGAUUCAAAUUUAAAUAUAACGGAAAAUUCUUUAGGAUGCGAGAGUUUCACCAGCAACGAAACGAACACGACAGGCAGCGAGAUAAGCAGCGACGAGCUUCACGAGUACGAGGUUACAUCGUCAAACGCCAUCUUUUUCGAAAACAACGAUUUACUGUCACGAUUGAACAAAAGUAACGAAGAAAGGACAUCGUGGCUGAAUCAACAACAAAGCAACAACAAGAAUGCCAAUUACGAGGAAUCCGGCAUCGCGGCAUCGAACAGCGCGAGAUGGAGGGAGCAAUUAUUAUCGCAAGUCGAGGGAACAAUCGUUGAGCAACCUUUGGAGGUUAUCGAUACCGUGACCGAGAUCGAUUCAUUACCAAUCGCCACGGAGGAUGAUCGAUCGAGCCGAACUGCAUCCAAAGAUGGCGCGACAGGAGACGACGACACAGAGUCAAAAUCAGACUCGAACGUGGGCAAGAUCGAAACAACGGUGGACAAGAUACAAGAAACGUUGAGCGCAGGUAAAGCGGAUAAUGCGCAUGACAGCACGGUGAGAGGCGAGUGUUCUGCCUCUGGUCAGGUAGUAGGAGAAGUGGGAGGUGGAGGUGGUGAAGGUGGUGGUAGUGGUGGUGGUAGUAGCGGCGUGGAAGAGGGGAUAGAAGGGGUUUCGACACGGUUUCUCUCAGUCGAGCGACGCCCGUCCAUUGGAAAGGAGAAUGGAUUCCCCGCUGCUGCGUCGACCAAGGAUUCUAACAUCAGAGACAACAGUUUUGUUCACCAAUACUCGCCAACGACGGCCAACAACAGCAACAAGUACAGAAGCCUCGUGAUGAUCACCCAGGAAGCAUCGUACCAGCCGGUGAGCGUGAUCACCUCGGAUACGACAACCUUGUUGCAGCCGGAUGAAGUGCACCAGGCUAGCCAGGGCCUGGCUGGCUAUUUCCAGCUGGCAUUGGAGGCCGUCUCGGAGCAACCGCAUCGCAAGAAUGGCCAGGGACCGAGGAAACCGUUGAUGGUGAAGCGUUUGGCCAGUGUGACUGCGAAUCAUUCGGAAACGGAGGUAGACAGCGGGCUGAGUGUUGGUAGUGCUAGUGAAAGCGACGAUGUUUCGGUGAAAAAUUCGGCGAAAAUUGGUAACAAAGUGGAGAGCAACGAGGAAAACGUUGGCAAAGAGCGUUUGGUUGGUAAUGAGCAUCGUGAAGGCACAAGGACACGUGUCUCGUCGCAGUCCAGCGAUGAAAAUUCUGCUGGCGGUGGGGUGGUGAUCUUGGAGGAAGGCCUGGCUGACGAUGAUUCAUGGGUGGAAGAGGUUUCUCACGACGAGGAUGAGCCUGGAGCUACGACGGCCACCGAGGAAAGCUCUGAGGAUGAAGCCAAUAAUCUUGGGGAUAGGGAAGAGGAACUUCGUGGCUAUCAUAGGCAGGCUAUCGACUUCACUUUGCACACCAUCGUGGAGGAAUCUUGCGAGGAGAGCGAAGCUGAGCCCAGUUUGGCCGCUGGCAGUCCAUCCAAGAAGCAGAGACCUCCGUCGGCCUCUGAACUGGAGAAGUACUUCUUCUUUGGCCUUGGUGGUGAUGGAAAUAAUUCAAGCAUGGGUUCACGCGAGGUGGACAGUCUUUCAGAGACUUCGUCCAUUUAUUCGGAGGGUUUGGAGUCACUUGGACAGGACGAGGCUCCAGGAAAUGGACAGAGUCAGGAGAGGUCGAAUUCUGGAGAGGGAUUUUUGAAUUCAUCCAGAUUGGAAAAAUACUUUUUGUCGGAAUUUCUAGGGUUCGAUCAAGACAGGAGAGAUUCGGAUGGUUCCGUAGGAAGUGAUUCUGAAGGAAGACCCAGUCCAGAGGCACAGAGAAGGAAGAAGCUGGUUCGCGCGAGAGGUACCGGUAGAUCGCACAGUUCUUCCUUGGAUAAUUUACUCGCUCUUACUCAAAGUUCGCAGAACUUGAGCUCGCAGAACUCUCUUCAGGAUUUGAGCUUGAAUCAGGAUGCGCAAGAGACGCAAUCAGAAGGCUCGUCCACGGAGACUGAUGGAGCAGAUGAUGGACAAACCGCGGCCUUUGGAACGGAUGGACAAUUUGACACUGUGAAACGGAAGAAGAAGAAGCCUAGAAAUCUAGGCACGCAGAGUCCACGUGUUCCUGACGAUAGGAAUAAAACUCCUGAGCCUAACAGAGAAAUGGUGUUGGUUGGAGAAGUAGUGAUGGAAAAUGACGCAGAAGCUAUUAAUUCUGAGGACUCUGAACGAGCAAAAACACCUCAACCAGAAUGUAUUUUGUCUUCUUCUUCCUCUCCAUCCGGUACCGUCAAUGCUUCUUUAACUUCAACGUCGCUUGUCGAUUCUUCCAGGAAUGUACAAAUGAGUUCAGGAGAAUCUUUGAACUACAAUCAAAGGUCGAAACAGCAGUCAAGAGAUUCUGGAUUUGUAGGUAGUUGUGACGAUCUUCUGCAACAUCAGAAAUUACCAGAGGAUGGCCAACCUGGUUCCGAAAUCAGCCAAGAGAGUGGAAAAGAUCGUUCCAAUAACGAAACUGGUGAGAAUGUUCAAGAUGCGAAUCAAAUUUCCAAUGAAGGUACCUCUGGAAUCGAGAAAGGAAACGUGGUUAAGGUAGAUCAUCAUUUGAGUCACACUGCGCUGCCUCACUUGCCAAACGCUUCUCUCUCGAGGAAGGAUAGCUUCAACAAUUGGUCCAGUGACGAGGAAACGAACUUGAUGAUGUCCAAGAUGAGACAAUUCUUCAAAACCAUGGUGGCCAAUUCGAAUGGGCAGAAUCAGAACACAACUAAUGCAAAUUCAAGCGCAGCUUCACCUGCACCCAGCCCUAGAUUAGCGGGCUAUGCAUCAAAAGCCAGAUUGUGUUCACAAAACCGUACAAAGCCACCUCAACUGGUAUAUUUUGAAAAUGAAUUGACUAGAUUAAUGAAAACAGUACCAGGAAUUCGAGACGAACAAGUAAGAGAAAUAGUCGAAUACCUUAGCUCUGAAGACACGUGGUCAGAUUCAUAUGAUAGUUCUGAUUACACUAGUUCCGACUUGGAAGGAGCAGCAGGUGGUCGCAGAUCAGCUUUACAGGAACAGAUCUCGCAGAGUUGUCAACAAAUUAUCAGCAAAUUUGACACGACGUCGGGUGACAAUCUAUUAGACAAAGAGAGAGAAGAUAAAACUGUGCCAACUCCUGGAAUUCAGCCACCCUGUUUAGGCAGAGAUACUGCGUUUGUGUAUCAGAAAUUAGUUCAGAGUUUCACAAAGAUGGCAGGUGAUGGAGUUAGUUCUGAUGCCAAUUCGACACCGCAUAGUAGUCCACCAUUGAUAGCUAAAGUGAUGCAUCAUAUAGGUAGUAGAUUGGUUGCUUUAAUGCAUGAAGUCUCUGAAGGUGGGCCAAGUGUGCAGCAUCACUCCACUAGUUGGAGACGUUAUUCUCAACAUCACAGAACACCUUCCUCAGCUUCUACCACUGAAGAUGAUGAUUCCACUUCAGAUUCUACUAAUGCACCUUCGUCGACGCAUUUGCAGUUACCCAGAUCAAAAUCUCAUGAUCCUUUACUGUUGAUUAAUAGUCAUCCAGCAGCUUCCACUGGACAAGAGGGAGAGGAACGAGAAGCUAGUGAUUAUGAGAGGUUCUCUUGGAGAGGCAGCUUUGAAUCAGCGCUAAUGGCUGCUGAUUCUAGGACGAAAUUAAGCCUUUUGGCUUGUUCUGGAGAUAGUGUCGGUGCUAGUGCUAGUGCUAAUGCCUUAGCAAUGGCAGCUAAGAGAAGAAGUGCUGGAGAUUUGUUGUUCAAUCCUAAAAGCUUUUCAAGAGAACAAUUGGACAGAGUUAGGAGCUGUGGUUCCAUUGGGGGUGGAAGUGGUGGUGCUGCCAGUGCUGGAUCAGUGGAAGAAAGAAUCUGGAGUAAUAGAAGAAGAUCAUCUGUUCCUGAUGCUAACACAAGAGGGGAAUCUGAUACGUCUACAGGUGACGAGGACACCGAAGACGAGCUCGAGUACAGUGGUGAAUCUCGAGCAACGACUCUUCCACGCGGAAUGCAAUCUGCCAUCACUGCUGCUACCAAUUCUUUACCACGUUUACCAGCAUCCACCGCACCUUCCGGUUUAACGACGACGUCAACCACGCCAUCAACGACAAUGCACAAAGCGCACAGUGUCUAUCAUUUUUUGCCUCAACAUUCUGGUGUGAAAUCAGCCAGAUACCGUCCUCCAGGAUUCGCGAGGAACAGCAAUGUUCCUGGUGUAUUGGGAGGACCAAAACGUGCGGUCAGUGCUCCGGGACUCCAGGUCUCGGGAUCUCAGUCUUCCAAUGGAAAACGGGACAAUUCGAGGUCGAGAAGGCAGCAGACUAUGUCUCUCACGCCUGACGAUGGAAGCAGCUUGUCAGAAGCGUGCAGCACUCCGAUCAUCGGCGCAGGAUCACGAGCAGGCUCUAGUCACACGGUGAUCGACGUGGAUGACAUGGAUUCUGGAUUGCAUUCUGGACACCUUGCCACUCGGGCAUCCUUGUCCAGUCUUGGAGCACGUUCAGAUUCGAUGGCGUCGGUUUAUAGCGGUGCUGGUGAGGGACGGUGCUGUCGCUCGGUGGUCGUCACUGGAGAAGUCGAAUUCGCGUUGCAAUAUGAUUAUAAACAUCUAACGUUCGAAGUGCACGUAACGAAAUGCAAAAAUCUAGCACCCGUUGACGUAAAACGCAAACGUUCAGAUCCAUACGUGAAAGUGUAUUUAUUACCUGACAAAUCAAAGAGCGGGAAACGAAAGACGAAAGUGAAGAAGCACACACUGAAUCCUGAAUUUAACGAGACAUUGAAGUUCCAUAUGAGUCUGAGCGGCCUAGAGACCAGAACAUUAUGGCUGACUGUUUGGCAUUCAGACAUGUUUGGACGCAACGAUUUCCUCGGCGAGGUUCGAAUGCCCUUGGAGAACAAAAUCUUCGAUGAUCCUACGCCCAAAUGGUAUCCUCUUCAAGAACGAACAGAACCGUUCGAUGACCCUGUUGCAUACAAAGGCGAGGUGAUCGUCGGUUUGAAGUUCGUGCCACCGGAUCCUACGCAACAGGAACGUGAUCGAGAAGCAGGAUCAGAACGUGGUACCUCUAAGUCUAAGAAGAAUAUGAGCCGUGGCGCGUUACACGUGCUCGUAAAGGAAGCUAGAAAUUUGCAAACCAGGGCAAAGAAUUCAGGAACGUGUGAUCCAUUCUGUAAAAGUUACUUAUUACCUGACAAAGGUCGCUCAGGAAAACAAAAGACUGGAGUAGUUCGCAGAUCUGGUGGUUCACCAGUAUGGGGUCACACUUUCAUUUACAAAGAUGUGAGUCUUCAAGAAUUAGCAGAACGUGGACUGGAAUUAACAGUCUGGGAUCACGAUCGUAUUGCCAGCAACGAAUUUUUAGGAGGUGUUCGAUUUAAUCUUGGCACAGGAAAACAUUAUGGAAAACCAGUAGAUUGGAUGGACGCAACCGGUCGAGAAUUAUCCCUUUGGCAAAGCAUGCUUGAGAGGCCGAAUUUCUGGGUGGAGGGUGCCGUGACUUUGAGGCCAAAUUUGCAUAAUCAUGGGAAAAACAGCAACACCUAAUCAUUAUGUAUCGUCUCAGUGAUUUCUUUUGUACUUAAAUGACACUCGAGUGUUCACUCGUGGACCUUGUUAGUUCCAUCUCAAAGAAGCUCGUUACGCUUCGGCCUAGUUUAACUUCAAACGCAAAUAUGUAUUAUGUGUCAGUGUAAGCGGACCACAUUCGUCUAAUAAUUUCGAAAUGCAACUUUCGAAAAAAAAAAAAAAAAUAUGAGUGCCUUUGGGGCCGAUGUAAACGCAUUGUAAUCCUGUCCACAGGGCACAGUCUAUCAUUUAGACUCUAAAUUCUCGAGAAUUCAAUAGAAAGUGAUCGUGAUUGUGAGGUAUUAACCUCUGAAAAAGAUCCAAGAAAUCAAAUCUUGGUCAUGAAAAUUAAUAUUUACCUUAUUACCGGUCCAGUUUACUUUGUAAAUGAUCAUAGCUGAUAUAAUUAGAAUUUUUAAUCUGUAGCUUCCGUUUGCUUCUGAUAAGUUUACUUUGUAGGUAUUUUGUUUGCAAUUUCUUUUUUUUUUUUUUUUCUUUUCUGCUGUAUGAAAAAUCGUACUAUAUAUGAUUUUUUUUCAAGUGAAUUUCUUUUUAAUUUCUUUUUUGAUUAUAUUUUCUCGUUUUCUUUUGUUUUUCCUUCAUUAAUUUCCUUUUCUUUCAUCAUAUAUAUAUAUAUAUAUAUAUAUAUUAUAUAUUAUUACAGAGCAAAGAAAGUCCUAGCCAGAUGAUCAAUGGAACAUUGAUACGGACACGCAAAAUUCGUGCAAUAUAAUGUACCGUAAAAAGAUGUUUGAUUCUUCUCGUUGAUUAUACAAUUUUUAAAUGAUAAAGAAAGAAAAUUUUUAAAACGGACAUCCGUCCAAUCAUAAGGCGAGAUUGAUUAUUGAACAUCAUGCAUGAAAAUUCUUCAUGGUCAGUCGUAUUAUUAUAAUUUUAAUAGACACGGCCUCGUUCCAAACGUACAUUUUUGGGAAACAUUCGUCGAUCGCAGCAAUAAGAUAUUGUUAUUAAAAUCCUUCCAGAGAAAGAAAAAAAAACAUAAAACGAUAUAUAUAUAUAUAUAUUAUAUAUUAUAUAUUAUAUAUUAUAUUUUACGAAGUAAAUUUUACUUUAUAUUAAUUCAAGGACAAAAGGUUCCAGCGUUUGGAACGUGGCUUGCAUUGUGGACACUUUCCUUUCUUGGAGAGAAAGAUGCUUCCAGUGUGUACAAUACUCGAAACGAUUUCUCGCGCUGAGUUGCCAGAGACCGAUGGAAUGGUGUAUUUAAGCAAUUAAAUAUGACCGAUUCCUAUUAAAUAUAUUCAUAUAAAUAUUAUAUUUAUACAUUCACAAUAAGAUUACACAAUAUAAGAUAGACCAUGGGGCUUUGGAUCAUUAUCAACGGAAGGAAUUCUUAACAAAAAAAAAAAAAAAAAAAGUAAAAAAAAAAAAAUAAAAAAAUAUCAGUGUUUUGAGAUAAAAA